CCCAACGAAAAGAAACGAAAUCAGGAGAGAGUCAUCCUCGUUUACUGCACAAAAAUUCUGUUUUUUGAUCCAAAAUUAUCUCCGCCGCUCUUAUUCGGACGAGGAAAGCCAGAGCGAGAGCCAUGGCCAAAAUUUGGGGUUGCGCAGCUCCACUUCUGGGGAUUGAAUGGAAGAUGGCUGCUUUUUCCAAGCAAUUUUUUGAGCAAAAUCUCAAAGCGACUCUCCUUGCUCUUCUCUUUAUACUAGGAUUUCACCUCUUCAGAAAGUUGCGAUCCAGAUUCUCUAGGGGAUCAUCCAUCGUCACUGCGGCUAAUUCCCCCUUGCCUGGUUCUGCUUCUUUCCCCUUGCCUGGCUCCGCUUCCCGCUCUCCUGAUUCGCAAUCAGCAAUCCAAGACAUUGUUUCUGAAGCAGAUUUGAAGUUUUUGAUUGAAAAUUUGGAUGGGAACUUCCAUGAAACUGAUAGAUGGGAAGGUGUCAUUAAUAAAAGAAAUAACCUUCUAUUCUACAAUGCAAAAUGCUGCAAACCUAAGGAGGGCCCCCUCAAGUACCUAAGUGUGACAGUAUUUGAGAAUUGCUCCCCAAAGACUCUAAGGGAUUUCUAUAUGGACAAUGAAUAUAGAAAACAGUGGGACAAGACCAUUGUUGAGCAUGAGCAGCUGCAGGUGGACAAAACAAAUGGAAUUGAAAUUGGAUGCACAAUAAAGAAGUUUCCCCUAUUGACACCUAGAGAAUAUGUAUUGGCUUGGAAAUUGUGGGAGGGAAAAGAUAAGACAUUCUACUGUUUUAUCAAGGAAUGUGAACAUCCUUUGGCACCGCGACAGAGGAAGUAUGUGCGCGUUGGGUAUUUUAGAUCUGGCUGGCGAAUAAGGAAAGUACCUGGUAGAGAUGCCUGUGAGAUCAAAAUGUUUCACCAAGAAGAUGCAGGUUUGAAUGUGGAACUGGCAAAACUUGCUUUUGCGAAGGGUAUAUGGAGUUAUGUCUGUAAGAUGGAUAAUGCACUACGUAAGUACUCUCCAGUCAGUCAUCCCCAGAUGACUCCAGUUGCUUCUGCACUCACUUUACUUCAAAAGGUUCCACCUGCACUGGAUAUGACAGACAUAACAAGUUGUCAAGCAACCCCUGGGGCAACAACUGCUCAUAGACAAUUUAGAGGUGCAUCCAAAGAGAGAACAUUGUGCAGAAGACCGACAAAGAUAUUGCUAGCAAAUGGUUUGCUUAUUCUUGGGGGUGCAAUCUGCCUGUCUCGUGGUCACUCUGCACUUGGUGCUAAAGUUGCAAUGGCAUACAUCUUGACAAAGCUGAGAAAACGUGGUGCUUCUUCAAGACAAAACAGUGAAAGUCAAGGCACAUAAAGAUGUUGCCUCUCGGCAACUAUUUAUUGGUGGUUUUAAUAAACUUCAUGCAUAGUUUUUUGUGAACUCUAUUGCACAAAGUCUGACUAGGAAGAUGGAGAGCAAAACUAGAGAGGUGAGUUCUGCUAGAUGACUUAAAUCUUCCAUGUCUGCAACCAUGGUGUAAAUAACUAUAUAUAGUCUGUCACCUAAGAGCCUCUGUGAUAACAUCUGUUACAGGUUUAGUCUUCAAGCCUUUUUUUUGUCAGCAUAAUCUUCAGGUAUAUUUAUGCAAAUUACAGUUGAUUUUGAUGUACUGAGUUAUGCUUUAUUGGUGUAAAUGAAAGUUGAUAUUCUCA